GAAAUUGAGAGACAAAAAAAACUGUUUGUACCCUUGUAGAUAAGGAAAAAAAACUUUUCAUUCAGUGGAUGAUAGUUUCUUGAAAAUUCUAUUCCUCUCCGAAAUUUUGUCCAAAAAGGACCCAACCAAUUGAGCAUUACUUUUUUUGAUUGCGCAAUACAGUAACAUAUAUAGAUAUACAGUUAACUAUUUGGCGUGCAGGGACGCGUUUGUGUGCGGAUUGAAUUUUUUUUGUUUAUCUCCCAAAACUUGGGAAGUGAAGGAAGAUUUUGUUCAUAUCGUUCACAUAUAAUUCUAGCAAUUUAACAUUAAUUUUCUUCCCUUUUUCCCCAAACCAUUGAAGAAUUGUUCCUCCUUUCGUAAAAUCGUGACAAUGUAACCUCACAACGCCCUGUAAUAUUUUUGAGGAUUCCUUUACAUGUCACUGAAGAAGUUCUUUUUAAUUUAAUUAUGAGAUGCAAAAUAGGAAAAUGUAAUGCCACUUGUUUCUAAAAAGAAAGUGUUGCAAUCGUGAAAAGAGUGUGUACAUUCUUUGUGUGAUUUUUUCAAUUUGGAGCAAUGUGAGGCAAGUUCGAAAAAAAUGGAGAGCAUUAAUCAUCACCAGCUGAUGCCUUUUAAAGUCUUUUAUACAGUCAGAAAGUGUCACAAACUGCGCUAAUAAUAUGGUGAUGGCAGGAACCGAGGGCGUGUCAGGGCCAGCGAAAGAUGAACCGCUGUCUAGCAGGCUACAGUGGCUUCGUCAACGCCGAGAGGCUCUUCAAGACAAGCUCGCACAGAAAAAUACUGAGUUAAAAACCCUAUGCAUCGAAGAAGCUGAGCUUACUGGAGUCCUGCCACCCGAAAUUCCUCUCGAACCUGGACAAAGUCCUCCAAUCUUUCGUAAAAGAGCGGGAACUUCCAUCAACUAUCCUCAGAAUCUUAUCAAUAAACUGAAGACUAAUGAAGCUGAGGAGUCUGCUCUCGAAUUGGAACGUCAAGUCCAGGUUGGAAUAAAAGAAGCUGCCCUCACGAUAAUAAAUGAUUCCACGGAGAGCAAAGCUGUACGGCGAAAGCACCGAUUGGUUUACCAACAAAGUAAACAGAGGCUCCAGGAAAUAGACGCUUGUUUAAAUUUCAUAAGGCACAGUCAUGGCUCAACCAUUCGACACACCCAAGUUGCUCAACCUUUGCAAAAUUCGCAAAUGCUCAUGCAAAAUUCAAAACACAGAACGAAGAAGCCCCGACCUCCCCUUGAUAAUUGCGGCCGGGGGGAAAGAGGUGCAAAGCUGGAUGCAAGAAGUUUGCAGGACCAGGGCGGUAUAAGUUUGAGUCCUUUGGGUCCAGAACACAACUACAAUCUCUAUUCCAGCGAAUUUCAAGACCUGGAUAGUCAUCAGUACAUUCAACCCGGUACCAGCAAUCCAAAUCACAAUCGUACUAAUUACAUCGCUGCGAGUCCGGUCGAUCCUCGACGAGCUAACAAUAAACUCAUCGAUCACGAUUCAAACAUCAACAAUAAUGUUUACAUCCUGCCGGACCAACAGCGUGCUCGCACCUACUCUCAAGGCGCUCAUAGCGCGAGUCUCCGAAGACAGGGAGGACUCUAUCCAGAUUCCGAGCGACCCUAUCGCCCCGUUCCGAAUACUUACACCGAGGAGGAGCGACACUAUCGACAGUUGCAGCUUCAGAAACAGGAUUUGCAGAGUCCCACCUAUCCGGAGUACAGGUAUUUGGAUAAUAAUGACGCUCAGCGUCGUAUGGCUCCAACCCAGUAUUAUGAGACUGAAUAUUCUUCGUCGCGAUACGAGCAAACGGCUGAUUAUCAGUACGGAAAAGCACCGCUGCGACACCGGCGAGAGAGAGAUCAAACGUCAGUGGUGGGUUCAAUUGAUAGGAGACAUCACUCGGCUCUUCAGCCAAACAUGGAUUCUUAUCUGCCACCGGGUCAUUGGAUGAGACUCGAUGAUGAGAUUGUCUGGUGUCCGGAUGAGCAACCUGCUGACAGAUUUGGAAGCCUCGAUCGGAGAAAGCACAGCACUUUGCAGUAUCCUAAUGCGGAGAUUCAAUCACGGUAUCAUACGGUUGCUUCUGGAUCGAAGAAUAUACCGAUUCUUCCACGCCAACAUCCUGUACAGGUUCCAGUAAGUCCAACAGAACACACACCAUCAAACCGUAUUCUUUUGCGGACCCAGUCAUUAGGCAGUGUUGAAACCUGGCACCAGGGUCACGAUUUAAGCGACAGAGAUCAAACCGACCUGAAUCGCAAAGGUAAAGAAAAGGAGUGGUACGAAACUGCUCUCGAUUCUGGCUGCAGUCCCAGUACAGUUUCAGUUUCCGGAUCUUUUGCCCCAACUCUCACUCGAAAAUCAUCGCAAAAUAAUCCCCCACCACCACCGCCUCCGAUACCAAUUCCGAUCCGAGAACCGGUCAAAGUUGAGCCGACGAUAAACCGCCGACCGAGGGAUUUGCCUCUGGAGGAGCCUCAGUGUCUCCCGAUAUCUCCGAAUAUUUACCAUGAACGGCCGAAAGUACUCGAAAUUCCCGCCGAAUCGAAUCCAUCCCAGGAGAAUGGAAAUGACCCCCUUAUGAGCUUUAAUUCACCCACGAAUCAUACAGUGGUUCAGCAGGGAAAGUAUCAACCUUAUCGGGAAGUUACGAAACCUUUUGAGAUGUCCGAUUUUUACAAAUACUCGACCAAGUACCGUAAGAGGAACGAAGCCGCUUCCGGUGUGAGUCCGAGUAGCGUCAUUGAGACUAUUACGAGCCAUAAUCCUGUCAAUGAUCAACGCAGGGUUAGUCCAGUACAAACGAAUAAUUAUCAGCCUUCACAGAGAAAACCUCAACCCUACGUUUUGAGGAUCUAGUAGUUACAAGAUGAUUUUUCCAGUGCCUUUGUGCGGUAAGAAUUAUUACUGGGAGCCAAAGACUCGGUAUCAAGCACUGUUUUAUGAUAUUUAUUGAGACUCAAACAAGAUAAUUUAUAUACUCUAUCUACUUGAAGCUUAUUAAAUUUAGAAAUUUAGAGCGUAUUUUUUACACUGCGUCUUUACUUAUUGUGUUCUACAUUAUUACGAAGAAAUUUGUUAUUAUAUCAUCAUAAGUGCCUGCCUUGCGCCCUAUUGUAUAUGAAAGUGCCUUCUACGAGAAUUAUAAACUAAGAAAAAAAGAAAAUGAAUUAGACCUUUUAACA